AUGUCAACCACCGUCAUGCAACAAAAGCUAUCGAAAGAUGACACCGAUAGAUUCGUUACUACCCUUCAACACAACGAGUAUCCACAAGUAAAUACAAUGACAACUACCUCCAAUCAACAAAAGCUAUCGAAAGAUGUUAUCGAUGGAUACGUUACUACCCUUCAACAGGUUAUGAGCAAUUUAGAAGUGUUUGGUGAUGUCACCACUCUCGACGGUCAUUUCACCUUUGAAUCUUGGAAACAGGAGCUCACCUUCUUGUUCAAAGUCUACAACCUUGAUCAUUUUGUUACUUAUGGUGUUGAUGGUUUUGAAUUUGAUGAAUCCACUACGGUCGCACAUCAAAGAAGAUUAAUUAGCUUGAUGGAAAACGUCGUCAACGCUGCUGUUCACACCACUGUUAGUGCCGAAAUCAAGAAAGAGGCUGGAUUGUUAUUUGGUCGUGACCGCUAUUUAGCUGUGGUUCUGUUGUAUGGGGAGUUCAGUCUCACCAUUGCUGCCCAAUUGUUGCAAAAGCACGCUACUGGUUCCGAUAAGUCAUACGAAACCAUGUGCCAACUUUUCACCAACUUGUUCCCCAAAAUCAACUCAGCUGACCUUGGUGGUCUCAGCGCCAUGAUGAAUCUUCCAGAUAACCAUUGGGCAUCCAUUGAAACCGCUCACCGCACCAAAUGCUUGACCAAUCCCGCGACCAAGUUCACGUUUGAACAAGUGAGGACCUACUGCAGAGGUUUGUCCAUUCCUUGGCCUUCGUCCUUUUCAUUCUUUGGUUUGUUAAAUUACAAUGAGUCAGCUUUGUAUUCAUCUAGUUCACGAACCCAUUCCGGCUUUUGCAACUACUGCCGCAAAAAGGGGCACAUCAUUGAAGACUGCCGCAAGCGCAAGGCCAGGCAAGCUAGGGAUUCAAAUGGGUUUUCCUCCAACUCAAAUCACAAAUCAGAAUCAGCCCAAUUUGCUACAUCUGAUCCACAAGCACCUUCCACUGGUGUAUCCUCAACUGACUAUUUCUGUUGA